GCUCUCGCGCUCGCCGUCCGAUCCUCCAGACUGGGCCAAAAGCUCCUGAAACAACAAGAAGAGAAUGCUGCCGAGCUUAAGCGUCUUCAGGGAGAGAUAACGGGAGCGAAGUCGCAUAAGAUUCAGCAGCCUCGUGGGGUGGAUCCCGAGUUUCCUUUUUCCGGGAACAAGAAGCAAUACUUUCUCAAUAGAUAUGUAGUGGAUAAAAUCGAUGAGGCCCUCGAGGCUGAUGACAACGAGGAACGUAUGCGAAAGCUUACGGAAGAUAAGGAGUUACUUGUGGAGCGGAACAAACAAAGUCUUCUUGCUGAAAAAUAUGGAUGUUGCUUGUUAUGCUGCCGAUCCGCUUGCCAGCGACUCAGAUGACGAAAAGAAAAUUCGUAAAGUUAUAAAGGAGACCAAGCAGUUAAGGGACGAGAAGAGAAGAAAUUCUUGUUCUAAAGUUACGAGGCCGAAAGGAGUGAUUCCGCGGUCUUCGGAUAGCAGGGUUAUCCUCGACCGA